CGAUCGUAUCUGACCAAUCCGAACAGGGCAAUUCCUGUAAAUUCCAAACUGCCACCAACCAACGACUCGAGCGAGGGAGGGAGAGAGAGAUAAACCUUCCUCACCUUCCGAUUCACAGAACAGAAUAAGAACCUCCCAAUUCUCCUCCUCUUUGUCGAGAGACAGAAAUGCAGUCUUUGUGGUUCACAUCCCUCUCUCGAUCCCUAAAAUCCACCGCCAGUCUCCCCCCUCUCCUCUCUCUCUCUAAUCUCUUCUCCUCUUCCCCCUCCCUCGUCGAUUCUCCCAAUCCACCUCCUCCUGCCCAAACCCUAGAGGGCCUCCGCCGCCGCCUGGCUUCCGAGUCUCCCACGCUCGCCGACUUCAUCCGCCUCCAGUCCGAUGCCGAGUACUCGAUCGAGGUCGGCACCAAGAAGAAGCCCCUCCCCAAACCCAAAUGGAUGAGAGAGUCCAUCCCUGGUGGCCCCAGGUACACUCAAAUCAAGCGGAAGUUGCGCGAGCUGAAGCUCCACACCGUCUGCGAAGAGGCUCGUUGCCCCAAUUUGGGGGAGUGUUGGUCCGGCGGCGAGACCGGCACCGCCACCGCUACUAUUAUGAUCCUCGGAGAUACUUGUACCCGCGGUUGCAGAUUCUGCAACGUGAAGACAUCUCGCACUCCCCCUCCUCCAGAUCCAAAUGAACCCUCCAAUGUUGCAGAAGCCAUUGCAUCCUGGGGUUUGGAUUAUGUGGUGAUAACUAGUGUUGACCGUGAUGAUUUACAUGAUCAAGGAAGUGGUCAUUUUGCUGAGACAGUGCAGAAAUUGAAGAUAUUGAAGCCAAAUAUGCUAAUUGAAGCCUUGGUUCCUGAUUUUCGAGGACAUGCUGAAUGUGUAGAGAAAGUUGCAAAAUCUGGAUUGGAUGUUUUUGCUCAUAAUAUUGAAACAGUUGAAGAACUUCAGAGUGCUGUACGAGAUCACCGUGCCAAUUUUAAGCAAUCUAUUGAUGUUCUAGUGAUGGCCAAGGACUAUGCUCCUGCUGGCACACUUACGAAAACUUCAAUAAUGUUGGGGUGUGGGGAAACACCUGAGCAAGUGGUGCAAACAAUGGAGAAGGUGAGGGCAGCAGGUGUAGAUGUGAUGACAUUUGGUCAAUAUAUGAGACCAUCAAAGCGUCAUAUGCCAGUAUCUGAAUAUAUAACCCCUGAGGCUUUUGAAAAGUAUCAAAGUCUUGGCAUGGAAAUGGGAUUCCGUUAUGUGGCAUCAGGUCCCAUGGUCAGGUCUUCGUACAAGGCAGGGGAAUUCUACAUCAAAUCCAUGAUAGAAUCAGAUCGGGCAGCAUCCUCUUCAUAGAGUUGCUGUCUCUUGAUUAAAGUUCAAUUAAUUUUUUUGUUUCCUCAUAUUGUUCAGCAUUAUAUCCAUGUAACUUCUGGGAAAUGUUACAUGACUCAACCACACUUCAGGAGCUAUUUGAAGUGCAUGUUGAGCAAGGGAUGAUUAAAGGCAUGCCUUGGUGUUAGAUAAGCUUUUCCUAAUGCUUAAUCACAACCUGUUUAGUUGUAUAUCCAAAUUAAAUGUAGUUAUCAUCUUGUACU